ACUCUGUGGUUAACAAUGAAGUGCUUAGUCGUAUUAACUUUGCUGGCCGUGAGCCGUGCAACCAGCACCGGUGACAAGAGCAUCCAAAUAAACGAAAAUGGUAUUGUGAUCGACGGCGCAAACGGCAGAAGAAUCGAGAUCACCCGCCCCACAGGAUGGCCUGGCCAAAAGAACAUAGAUAUUACGGUAAACGGACCCGGCGGCACCAUCAAGAGGAUCAGGUUUAACGAUCAGAACGAAGUUGUGGACCAGGAUCCACGAAGCUAUGUCGAGUAUGGAGAGGACUUCACAAGGUCCAAGAGAUCCAAGACAGAGCUCAGAAAGCCUAGCCAAGGGGAAGUGCUUCAGGAUAUUCUCAGGUCGUAUCAAGGAGUUGUUGAUUCGGCGAGUUACGAAAAAUUACUUAAAAGGCUGGAGAAAUCCGUGCAAAAGGGCGAAAUAAGUACCGAUGUUUACCAACUCUUCAGAGAUUUUGAGCAGAUUAGUCAAGACCCACGUACGAAAUUGUACGACGUUGGAUAUUAUCCUGGCCAAAACUACUACGGGGGAGAGGGACAAGACUAUAGAGGCUACAACUACGUUUACGGACAACAAGGAUUGAGACCAGACUCGUGGACGCAGCUUCAACAACAAAUUCAACAGGAAAUCCAAAAAAGGCAGGCUCUCCAGACGUUGCAAACAAAAUACGGACAACAAUAUGGCAGACAACCAAUCGGUCAGUACCAAGGUAGGGUACCAUUGUACCAAAACAGGUAUCAAUAUCCAGUGUAUCAGCAGUUCUACGGACAACAAUAUGAUAGCCAACCAGAAUAUCAGAGAGGGUUUGAACGAGUGGGCCUCAGUCAAGGAAGACUGCCUUAUUACCAAGACAGAUUUGUGUACCCCGAAUAUCGCCAGUACUACGAAAGAAUUCCUUACGGGCUAAGAUGGACCUUGUUCGGCAGAAGACCGUAUGUGGGUCAAAAUUACGGAGAGCAAAGAGAGGUAGAAGGUGUCAGAGAUGUUUAUGACAACGACUAUGACAGAGAACAAGGAUACGGUUUCAGAGGUACUCAAUAUAGGGACUACAAAGAAGAGGGAAGAUCUCUUUAUCCAACAUGGAGAGACUAUUUGUUAGGUGGUAAUGAGGGAACCCAACAAUAUGCCCAACGUUAUGUGGGAGUUUACCCAUAUCUGUAUGGAAAAUACUAUCAAAGAGAAUACCCUCAAGGUUUUGGAUACAGACAAGGCUUCGAAAACUUGGUUUACUAAAACAGCUAAUUAACCGGAUAUGCUAAGAAAUAUUAUUGUAAUAUUACGUAUUUUUGUAUUAUGGUGUAAUAAAAUGAAUUGAUCUUGAAA